AUGGGGAAAAAAGAAGUCCGUGAAAUCCCAUGGAACCAAGUUAAAAUUGUUAUUUUGAUACUUUUUUCGACAAGUAUAAAUGCGGCAGUAAUGACUAAUUAGUUUACAAUUCCGAUUUCUGGAUUUUUUAUUCUUGAAACAAAAACAUCAGACGAUUUAGAAGAAAUUGGUUACUAUUCUGGAUUGCUAACUUUUGCAUUUUGUUUCGGAAAACUUGUGGCGUGAAGAUUUACUAACUGGGCAGCACCUCAGUAUGGCACCCACUGUAUUGCUUCUUUUCUACUAUUUUUUUCAGCUGUAUUAACAAUUUUAUUUGGAUUCUGCACCUCCCUUUUCAUUGGGCUGACAGUUCGAUUUUUUGCAGGAAUUUGCUCUACAACUCAGCUUCUCAGCAAAAUUCUUUUAAGGCAGCUCUCUCAGUCCUGCAUGGAAAAGUUUUAUCAAGUUACUUAUGUUUCCAUUGGCUCCAUGUCUUUUGAUCAUGAAUUUUUAUAGUGCGGCAUUUCUCUCACUCCCCCCCCCCCUCCGUGAGCGAACAAAAAAAUUUUGUUCGCUCACGGAGGGGGGUUAUUUUUUUUUUUUAAAAAAAAUUUAUAUAUAAAUUUUAUAAAAAAUAUUUUUUUCGAAAUUUAAAAAAAUCCUAAUUUGCAAAAAUUGGGAAGCAAAUAUUAAUUUAAUUUGCAAAAUUUAUGUUUUAAAACGCAAUUUGUUUAAAAUUAAACAGAAUUAGCUCUAGAUUUCAUUAUACUAAUUAUCACUUAUAUAUCAAAAUUUUUUCCAUUAAAAUUUUUUCUAUUAAAAAAAUUUUUGUUCACUCACGGAGGGUGGGUUUUUGGUCAAAAAAUGGCGAUUUUUCUAAUGGUUUUGUUCGCUCACGGGGGGGGGGGGGGGAGUCAGGAAAUUUAUUUGAAACAUUUUAUAUAGUAUAUACAGUAAGGCAUUUGAUCAAUUUCUACCAAAUAAUACACCAUUUAAAAUUUUGGUCCAAAUAAAUUCGCAAUAUCAAAAAUGCAGUAUUAUUGAGCUUGCACCCAAUUCCAUUAUAGUACAAACAAUAGGAAUCGGGAUUGGAAUUAUAAUCGGAGGGACAACUUCUUAUAUCACAAUAGAAAAUGAUGCGAGAAUAAGUGAGUAUAUUAAUCAUCAUCCUUUUCUUAUCCCUAGUAUUGUAACUGGGUUUAUUGAAUUUAUUGUUUUUAUUUUGGCUUCAACUCAGUUCGCGGAUAAUCCUUUACCAGCUCAAAAUCAGCAAAAGCCAAACCCUGUCACACAGCCUAAAAAAGAACAAAAGAAUACAGGAAAAUAUGUAGAGCUUGAAGAAACAAAAAAGAAUGAAGAAGCGAAAGAUGAGGGUCCUAUUACUGAAAGAAAAGAAAAUCCUAAUGAAGAGGAGGAAGAAGAAGAAGAGGAAGACCUGCCAAGCUAUUUGCAAGUUUCAGGAAUCGACUUAAUGCUUGCAAACUCAGAAGAGCCAAAAUCCUCAAGUCGUCAUGGUAUUCAUUAUUUUUCUCCGAGAAACCCUGUAAAAAACACUGAGAAUGGUAAAUGGCCUAUGAGUGCUCGAGGAGGAGAAGUUGGAAAAGUUUUCCAUAUUGAUAAUGAAGGUGGAGAAUCAGCUAGAGAAAGAGAAGAGCCAGAAAAUAGUGAACCAGAGCGAGCUGGGCCGGUCCAAAAUGUUAAACAUACCCAUAUUUCUUUUGUUGAAGAGGAUUUCGAAGGGCAAACUGAAGAGGAUACUCAUCCUCAGCAGCCUGUACAAAAUAUUUCUCUAGAAGAUCGGUUUAAAAGAGAUUUUGACUAUCUAUGGAACAGCAAAGCACCUAAGUAUGCAUUGACACAUCUAGCGAUUUUUUCUAUAUGCUUUUCUGCAGUGGAAGAAUUUUUCACUGUGUGGUUUAUGAUAAAAUUCGGAAUGAAAAAUAUUGAAAUUGGGGUAAUUUUAGGGACGUCUUAUAUAAUAGGGUACACUCUACAUAUCUAUGCAAUGCCUAAAUUACUUGAGUCAGUGCCUCUAUGAAAAACUAUUAGAGGAAUAUCAUAUAUUAUGAUUGGAUUAUUAAUGGGUUUUGUCCCUAUAAACUAUGCGAUUAUGCCUUUGGGAAUUUUUGUGGCACUUAUAAUAGUUAUAUCGAUUUUCAAGUUUUUCUCAUCAAUUUUACUUACCUCUUCUUGACUAUUUGUAAGUGACUCUGUAAAUAUACAUAAUAGAGAAGCUCUAGAAAUUUAUGCAGAUGAAAUUGCCUUGUUUUGUAAGAUUUUAGGGAGCAUAAUUGGCCCACUGAUGCUUUCAGCGUUUAUUGAUGCAGCAGUCCCUAUUCCUCUGAUAAUGUGCGUAGCUUUUAUUUGUGUUUCAUGGCUAUUAUCGAUUUUAAGCUUCAGUCAUUUUCCAAGAUUCAAUGUUUACCCGUAUAGAGUGUAA